CACGAGAAAAGCCCACAGGCAAACGCUGAGUAUAAAAUAUCACCUGAAUGUCGCGAUUCCUUAAUUGGAGAACGUGGACGAACAUUAGAAACUACACAAUGUUCCACCUUUCAAGCUCCACCCUCUUCCUGUUGCUCCUCCCCUCGGCGAUCCUCGCUCACAGGGGACAGUGGCACCACGACGACGAGUACCAAUAUAAUGGCGAUGGCGACGACUACGACUGGGGAAACGAAUAUCAUAACGAUAACGACCUCGACGACGGUUACGACUACGACAACGGCAACUAUUACGACAAUGGCAAGGGUUGCGACUACGACUGCAAUGAGACCACCACCCCGGCCCCCAGCGGACCUGUGGUUCCACAGCUGCCCAGUGACUGCUCACAGCUCUACGCCGUCUGUGCUGUAAUUAAUGGCGGGGCAAACGGAAGUAGUCUGGGACAGCCUCCAAACGCUAACCAGACGGGGAACAACACUCAAGGCAGGAAACUCUCUCUGGCCGGAGCUCAACAGCAGGAUGCUGUUGCAAACAGCCGAUUCCAGGCGCUCAUCAAGAUCUGUGAAGCCCAGACGAGUCUGUACGCUUCCAACUGCGCAUGCGCGCUGCUGCCGUCCGCCUGUCGCGACCAGCGGUUCCGUGCCCUCGCUUCCUGCUCCGCCUACCUCACCACAAUCGCACGGCGUCCUGGCUGUAUCUUCGGCAACCCCAACCCUCCCACGCCAGUAGAACAUCCGCCCUCUCUAGUUGUCCCCAUUCCUGCCCCAAUCCCUGUGGAACAGCCCCCCUCCCCCUUAGUCCCCAUUCCUGUCUCCGUCCCCGUGGGUCAGCAACCCCCCUCGCCCGGGACCUCUAUCCCAGUAGGUCAAGGUCAACAACCCCCCUCCCCUGCAGUCCCCGUCCCAGUGGCGCAACAACCACCCUUUCUUCCCCUCUUCGACGCAGCUCGCCAGGAGCUCUGCGCCCAAGCUGGCGACGCCAUUAACACUGACCCGUCCCUCAUGAUUCUCUGUCGGGCGGGGCCAGUGCUUCUUGCCCGUAAGUAAGGAAUUCUAUGUUCACAAGAAGAAUAAACGAAUAACGUGUACCAUUUGCUAUUUUUAUUGUAGUUGUAGGUAUGUCUCUCUUUAAAAAUUAAGCGAAUUUUGAUAAAAAAAUAAUAUUCUGAGAAAAUCUCUGCUCUGUUUUGUUUUUGUAAGUGUGGUUUGUAAUACAUGUAUUAGAGGUAUAACAAGAGAGUAGCAAACACAAAAAUGGAGGAGAGAUAAGGACGACAAAUGUGUGACAGGAAAGAAGCAAACCGCAUAAGAAUACCCACCAACCACCCACUGAGGAAUUCUACGUUCAGAAGGAAGAACGAACGAAUAAACGUGUACAUUGUAUUUCCUUUAUAGUAGGCAUAUCUUUCUUGAAUUAAUAAAGCGAAUUUUGAUUAAAAAUAAUAUUCUGAGAAAA